GAUGCGGCGCUCGAGUUUUGUCAACCAUGCUAGGUCCAACGUCUUUUAGAAUGAAAAACCGUACACCAGAUGAGCUUGACCAGAAGAAUAAAUUAACGAUGGAAUCGAAGCCUCCGGCGAAACCGCCGAGCAAGGCUGAUGAUCCUGACCUCAAGGAAUCGACGACGGUUUUUCCGAAGCGGAAAGCAUCUGACAUUUCGACGAGUGAUAACACAGUAACGCCUGUCAAAAAGAAGAGAAAGUCACCUGCAAAUCCAUGGAAAAAACCGAAAGAUAUGCCAAAAAGGCCAUUGAGUGCGUAUAAUCUUUUUUUCAAGGAAGAACGGUAUCGUCUGUUGAGCGCUGGUCCAAGAAGCUCAAGAACGGAUGAGAAAGCUCAAACCUCUCGUCACUCGUCAAUUGGGGAAUCGGACGACUCGACAGGGAGUUCGAGACGACAACACGUGAAAGUAUCAGGUAUUGGUUUUGCAAAUCUGGCAAAGCUUAUUGGGGCAAAAUGGAAUGAUUUAGAUGACGAGACUCGUUUACCCUUUGUCCGGCGUGCAGCUGUUGACAAGCAGAGGUACGAUGUUGCCGUUGCCGAGUGGCGGCUGACACAAAAAAAUAAAAAGCAGAACGUUCCGCCAGACAAUCGACGUGCAUCUAAGCCCACACCGACUGGUUUUGCUGAUCAAAAGGGAUCGCUUUUGCUCAGCUCUGAGCGUUCUUACGAAGCGAUAUCGGAUCCGUAUCCGCCGGAAUGGUUUGAAACCACCGACUCCUCAAGGCAACUUCAGGCACGCUUGUACGCACACGAACAGACCGUGUACGGUACUUCCCCACUCAGUCCGAGAUAUGCUACCCAUCCGGGGGCGGCUUUUGCAAUGCAUCAGAAUCAUCACCCGCACCAUGUCUCGCAAAAUUAUCACCUACCUUCUCUUUCACCACAAACUCUUCAUAACCAGUACGACGAUCCGCGGCGUCAACCUAUAUUUCAUAACCCACCAGAUUUUUACACCCAGCAAAGCAUCGACCACGAUCCAGCUUUCCGUCAUCAAUUCGGUGCUAGAGAGGAUACACGGGAGGAUCCACGAGGAUCGUCCUACAUCAUGUCACCGUCUCAGCGAGGAGGCUUUCAAGGCUCUUUUGAGGAGGCUGUGCCCCACAACCCUGUGCGUUCUCACGGCACACACGAACUUUACGGUUACGUGCCGCUACAACACUAUCCAGAAGGAACGAUAACUAACCCAAACGCCGCGAUUCGACCAAUGGGUUCACUUCCGAUGCUUCCGCAUGUGUCGAGUGGUCAGUAUCCGGAGGGAACGCCGUCACGUGUCAGAUUUGAUUCAGCGCGAAUGGCACGGGGGGAUGUACAGGCACACCCCGUGUUUGAGCGUCGCUAUCCCCCGCGCAUGGAACAUAUACCGUUGGAGGGUGCACCGACUCCGGGAGACGGUGCCGAAACGGCCGCCCGCCCGGAAGCUACCAACGACAAUGAAUCGAUCGGAGUCCUACGCCAAAAUCUGGACGACGACACGAUUAAUUUUCUAACCAAUCUACAGUUCUAACGAUGCGCUCAAUCCCCCUCACCGAGUACAGCAUGUUUGUUGCUGCUUGGAUGAGGGAAGGUGAUGCGCAGAAGGAUGUUCCCGGGCUUUGCACCAUUGGCCCAAUUUGUCAAACAACUCUUUUCCGUGGGGUAAGAGAAUGACACCUUUUUCGUAUUUUUCUUUUUAUGCAAUCUGUCCGGUAUCCCUUAAUGUAUUUGUGACCAUGUUAACCGUAAUUCCACCGUAAUUCAUAACGUUCUUGCUAC